AUGCCGCAGACUGUGACGCUAAUGGGACCUUCUCCUUGGGGGUUUCGGCUCGUGGGAGGACGGGAUUUCAGUACCCCCUUGACCGUGUCCAGGGUGACAGCGGGCAGUAAAGCGGCGCUGGGAGACCUGUGUGCUGGGGACACCAUUUUGGCCAUUAAUGGGGACAGCACCGAGACUAUGACGCACAUGGACGCUCAGAACCGGAUCAAAAACUGCAGCAAACAGCUCACACUCAGCAUCUGCAGGUCGGGAUCCGGAGACAGAGUUUGGUCUCCAACAGUGAGCGACGACGGGAAGAUCAGCCCCUACACAGAACCAGACUCACUGAAUUUCCGUCCGAUCUCAAGCGGCUUUCCGAGUUACCAGCGCAAACCGUCGUAUGGCUCAGAACCCCCCUCACCCCCAGCCCCGGUCUCGUCUCCAACACCGUACGCCAACAACGGACACUCCAGGCCCAACAACGGACACAGCUACACAGGAUAUGGGAACGGGAAUGGGCACGGCAACUACAACGCACCCAGCCCUCAAUACACUGCACCCAGCCCUCAAUACAACGCAAACCAAUACAAUUCCCCCCAGUACAACGCGCCUUCUGCUUUGUACUCACACAAUGGAAGCAAUGGAAGCAAUGGAGAGAAAUGUCUAUCCAACAAGAUGAGUGGACUCAGACUCAGUGCGACAAACAGCCCAGAGCCACCAAUGCAGUCCCCCGGGGGCCGCAGUGAAGUGGACACACAGUCUGAGGUCUACAGGAUGCUCCAGGACUAUGAAGAACCAGUGUCUCAACCCAAACAGUCUGGAUCCUUCAAGUACCUGCAGGGGAUCCUCGAGUCCGGGGAUGGAGGUGUGUCGCCAACUGACCGACUGAGGAAUCUGAAGUCUCCCAUCAGAUCUCCAGUUCCCAAGAUGGGAAACCCUAUCUCCAGUCCUGCCCCUGGACUUCAGAAACUGCCCCAGUGCACACGCUGCUGCAACGGCAUUGUUGGAACCAUUGUGAAGGCCAGAGACAAGCUGUACCACCCGGACUGCUUCAUGUGCGACGACUGCAACAUCAACCUGAAGAAGAAGGGAUAUUUCUUCAUCGAGGAGAGUCUGUACUGCGAGGCCUGUGCGAUGGGGCGGGUCCAGGCACCAGAGGGCUACGACGUGGUGGCCGUGUACCCCAAUAACAAAGUGCAAAUCGUCUGA